AGCAGAAACGUGCUGGUUUUCUGAUGCUCUGAGUCAUCUUCCCCAGAUUUUCUGCAUUUCAUUAAUUCAACAGGCUUACUGGAAAUCUACCAUGUUUGGGGCAAGAGAAAUGGAUAUGGCACCAUACAAAGAUGAUCAAAGCCCUGCUACACAGUUUACUGUCCAGCAAAGGAGGUUCUAAAAGCAUUGAGAUUGAUUCUCCAAUGACUCCUUUCCAGAAGUUAUUCUUACAUUUUAUCUUCUGUAUCCAUUUACUGCACUGAAACUUCCUAUUCCAAGUCAACGUUUCACCUCCGGAUUGACAUCCAAGCUGAAAUCUGCUAACAGGGUCAAAAAACAGGUCAUAAAGGAAAAGCAGUUGUGGAUUGGUAUAGACCCAAAAUGGAAGUUGAAAUAUGUGUUGCAUCAUUUGUCACAUUAGCUACAAAGGAAGCAGCAGAAGUAAUCAGAAAUGAGGAGGAGGAAAUUUCUGAUAAACAACUCUGAUGGUUAUAUGGAAGCUGAAUUGAAUCACAGGCACAAGAACCUGGAAUUGCAUUUUGAAUUGCAGAAUUAGAGGGCCCUAUGAUUUAUGCAGGAGCAGAGGCAGCACGCAAUCGAGCUGUCAAGAGAGCGUCAGCUUAUUAGGCAAAUGCUGCGUGGUUUUUGAAGAGGGUCGACACUAUAAAAUCCCACUCCAGGCUCUGGAGUGGAGAAACUCGGAGACCAAGUCCAUUGAGAGACUGAGGGGAAAGAGAGGAGAGAAAGAAAAAGAAAGUGGGAACAGUAAAGAGAAAGGAAGACAACCUCCAGAGAAAGCCCCGGAGACGUCCCUGUGCAGAGAGGUGGCAGCACCCGGUUCACCUGCGAAGCGCCUGGGAAGCGAGUGCCCCUAACAUGCGGCUGCCGCUGCUCGUGUCCGCGGGCGUCCUGCUGGUGGCUCUCCUGCCCUGCCCGCCAUGCAGGGCGCUCCUGAGCCGCGGGCCGGUCCCGGGAGCUCGGCAGGCGCCGCAGUACCCUCAGCCCUUGGAUUUCUUCCAGCCGCCGCCGCAGUCCGAGCAGCCCCAGCAGCCGCAGGCUCGGCCGGUCCUGCUCCGCAUGGGAGAGGAGUACUUCCUCCGCCUGGGGAACCUCAACAAGAGCCCGGCCGCUCCCCUUUCGCCCGCCUCCUCGCUCCUCGCCGGCGGCAGCGGCAGCCGCUCUUCGCCGGAACAGGCGACCGCCAACUUUUUCCGCGGGUUGCUGCAGCAGCAUCUGCUGCCUCGGCGCUCGCUCGACAGCCCCGCGGCUCCCGCGGAGCGCGGCGCUGAGAAUGCCUUCGGCGGCCACCAGGAGGCACCGGAGAGAGAAAGGCGGUCCGAGGAGCCUCCCAUCUCCCUGGAUCUCACCUUCCACCUCCUCCGGGAAGUCUUGGAAAUGGCCAGGGCCGAGCAGUUAGCGCAGCAAGCUCACAGCAACAGGAAACUCAUGGAGAUUAUUGGGAAAUAAAAAGGUGCGUUUGGCCAAAAAGAAUCUGCAUUUAGCACAAAAAUAAAAAUAAAAUACAGCAUUCUGUACCAUAGCGCUGCUCUUAUGCCAUUUGUUUAUUUUUAUAUAGCUUGAAACAUAGAGGGAGAGAGGGAGAGAGCCUAUACCCCUUACUUAGCAUGCACAAAGUGUAUUCAAGUGCAGUAACAACACAAUGUUAUUCGUUUUGUCUACGUUUAGUUUCCGUUUCCAGGUGUUUGUAGUGGUGUUUUAAAGAGAAUGUAGACCUGUGAGAAAACGUUUUGUUUGAAAAAGCAGACAGAAGUCACCCAACUGUUUUUGUUGUGGUCUGAGCCAAAGAGAAUGCCAUUCUCUUGGGUGGGUAAGACUAAAUCUGUAAGCUCUUUGAAACAACUUUUUCUUGUAAACGUUUCAGUAAUAAAACAUCUUUCCAGUCCUUGGUCAGUUUGGUUGUGUAAAAGAAUGUUGAAUAUUUAUAUUUUUAAUAAAAGUUGCAAAGGUAA